UACAAUACAAUACAAAUUCCUCACCGCCACGACCGCGACCGCUUCCGCUUCCGUUCCGCAUAGGGCUUCGCUCCUCCUCUUCCUCCUCCUCAACAGCAACAACAACAACAACAGCCAUCAUGGGAUCGGAUCUGACUUCUCCAAACCCAUUACUAUCUACCCUUUAAGUCUUUGUCCAAACCAUCAUUCCUUCCUUCUACUUUGUUUGUAUUGUAUUUGUAUUUGUAUUGCACUCCAAACUACAACUCCAACUCUCUCUCUCUCUCUCUCUCUCUCUUUCUCUCUCGCGGCUGCCUUCGCCCUUCCAUCUUCCACACCCUCUUGUCUGCCUGCUUGCUUGUUUCUUCGCACUCGGAUGGGUUUAAUGCCCGAACGAUGAGCAACGCCGGCGACGAGGACGACGACGAGGAGCGCUUCUACGAGUCUCUCGAUCGCCUUCUUUCCUCCGCCUCAUCUUGCUCUUCGUCUUCUGCCGAAGCCGAUGACGACAUUGACAAUGACCUAGCCAGAGAUCACCCCAAUUGCUUCAAUUCCGCUUCUCCCUCCUACGAUGUCUGGAUCUCCGAGCCCUCCUCCGUCGAGGAACGCCGCGCUCGCCUGCUCCAGCGGAUGGGCCUCACUCGCGACCCCCUUCUCUCGCGCCACACAUCAUCGCCGCCCUCCUCAGCCGACCGUGCCCGAGGGGAGUUCGCUAAAUCGGCGUCGGCGGAUCAUUUGAACGGCACUCAACGACCGCCUCAGGUUUCUUCUUCCACUGAUUCUAGCCCCGGUAUGGCCCGAUCGAAAUCCGAUGGCGCCAAUCGUCCCCUUGAUCCCUGUAAUUCUAAUUCCACAGUUUAUCCCCCAGAAAUUCCUUAUACUAAUUCAAUUCCGCCACCGAUUAGUGAAACCGGCGGCCCAUUUGUAAAUAAUCAUAUUAGUAGUGUUGUUAACUCUCGGAGUGGCAAUGGAUCGUUGGUUUAUAAUGCCACUUCGCCGAAUAAGCCGCCCACCGGUAAGAACGGUAGGCGGGUGGAAGAAAUUAAGGACGAUGCUUCCAGUUCCAGCCCGAAUGGUAAUUGUAAUUCCUCACCCGUUUUGGGGAGUGCCAAUGCUGGGGAAGUAGAUUGUACUUUGGGUUGUGGUGGGAUUGUUGAUGUCCCCGCGUGUACAAUUAAGAAUCUGGACAAUGGGAAAGAGUUUGUGGUGAAUGAAGUUAGAGAAGAUGGUACUUGGAACAAGCUCAAGGAAGUGGGAACAGGGAAGCAGUUGACCAUGGAGGAGUUUGAGAUGUGCGUGGGCCAUUCUCCCAUCGUCCAAGAAUUGAUGAGGAGGCAAAAUGUGGAGGAUGGUAACAAGGAUAAUGUGGAUCAAAAUUUGAAUGGAAGUGGUGGGAGUGGCUCAAAGCACAAGAAGAAAGGUAGUUGGCUGAAGAGCAUAAGGAAUGUUGCAAGCACGAUGACGGGUUAUAAAGAGAGACGGAGCAGUGAUGAAAGGGAUACCUCAUCAGAGAAGGGUGGUCAGAGGUCGAGCUCAGCAACUGAUGAUAGCCAAGAUGUUUCAUUUCAUGGCCCUGAGAGAGUUCGUGUUCGACAAUAUGGAAAAUCAUGCAAAGAAGUCACAGCACUCUACAAGAGCCAGGAGAUACAGGCUCACAAUGGUUCAAUUUGGACCGUUAAGUUUAGUUUUGAUGGUAAGUAUCUUGCUAGUGCGGGUGAAGACUGUGUCAUUCACGUGUGGCAAGUUGUGGAAUCGGAAAGAAAGGGUGAUAUGCUAAUGGAUAGGCUGGAAGAUGGGAAUUUGAACUUUUUAUUUGUUGCUAAUGGGUCACCAGAACCAACUUCUAUCUCACCCAAUUUGGAAAGUCAUUCAGAGAAGAAGAGAAGAGGAAGAUCAUCCAUAAGCCGGAAAUCUGUGAGCCUGGAGCAAGGUUUGGUGCCUGAGACCGUGUUUGCACUUUCAGAAAAACCAGUUUGUUCACUCCAAGGACAUCUUGAUGACGUGCUUGACCUCUCAUGGUCCAAGACUCAGCAUUUGCUCUCAUCUUCAAUGGACAAAACUGUGCGGCUGUGGCAUUUGUCUAGCAAGUCUUGCUUGAAGAUUUUUUCACACAGUGACUAUGUUACUUGCAUCCAGUUUAAUCCUGUCGAUGAUAGAUACUUCAUCAGUGGAUCCUUAGAUGCCAAGGUUCGAAUAUGGAGCAUUCCUGACCGUCAAGUUGUUGAUUGGAAUGAUCUGCAUGAGAUGGUCACUGCUGCUUGUUAUACACCAGAUGGUCAGGGUGCACUGGUUGGUUCAUACAAGGGGAGCUGCCGUUUUUAUAACACAUCUGAAAAUAAAUUGCAACAAAAAGGUCAAAUCAAUUUGCAAAACAAGAAGAAGAAGUCUCAUCACAAGAAAAUAACUGGUUUCCAGUUUGCACCCGGAAGUUCUUCAGAAGUGCUUAUCACAUCGUCAGAUUCACGAAUACGUGUCGUUGAUGGUGUUGAUCUGGUUCACAAAUUUAAAGGUUUCAGGAACACAAACAGCCAAAUCUCAGCCUCCCUCACUGCUAAUGGGAAGUAUGUGGUCUGUGCCAGUGAGGAUUCUCAUGUUUAUAUUUGGAAGCACGAAGGUGACUCUAGACCUAACAGAAGCAAAGGUGUUACUGUUACACGGUCGUACGAGCAUUUCUACUGUCAAGAUGUGUCUGUGGCCAUCCCUUGGCCUGUCACCUGUGACUCAUGGGGAUUCCAGGAUUCGAGUCUAGGAGAAGAGAAUCAGCUUGGAGAUAAUUUGGAUGAGGUGUUGACAGCCAAUCAUCCUCCUCCGACACCAGUGGAGGACAUGAAUGGUUGUGCAGGUUCACCUUUGGCAUCAGGGUGCUUUAGUAGUCCACUCCAUGGAACCAUGUCCAGUGCAAGCAACAGCUACAUCUUUGAUAGAAUCUCAGCAACAUGGCCCGAGGAAAAGCUUCAUUUGGCUACCAAAAGAAACAGCAGUCCCCGCAUAAGUAUGGACUUGUCUAACGAGUUAAUUCAGAACAGUUCAGCCUGGGGUAUGGUAAUUGUAACGGCCAGCCUUCGGGGAGAAAUCAAGACAUUCCAAAAUUUUGGUCUGCCAGUGAGGAUAUGAGGAGAAGCGUGUGCGUGAUGAUGAUGAUGAUGAUUAAGGGCUGCAAUUUGUGGCGUUACCCUAAAUUGGCAAAAAAUUGUACAGGAAGUUGGUGAGAUUUGUAAUAUUAGCGAGCUCAUUUUUUGGUUCUAAAUAUUAGUGGAUCGUGCGAGUCGGGUUUGGAGUGCUGGUGAAUGAAGGAGAUCCAAUCCGAUUGUGCAGGAGAAAAGAAAUAGAUGGGAGAAGGUGAAAAAAAAAAAAAAAGAGGAAAAGAAAACCUUACACGCUGUGGAUGGGAAGGGAUUUUUAUGUAGAGUUUUGAGCUUCUUAUUAGUUUAUUGAAUGAAAUUCAACAUAAUUAAUUCUUUUACGCUCAAGUUCAAUACAAAGCUUUGCACUCCGGUGGUUGUUGGGUUAUGGAGU